CCCGCCCCACUGCCACUCAGAGGCCGCUGUCAGCUGGUCCAGGGCUCACCUGGCCUCCGCAGGGUUGACUGCUAGCGGCUGGGCCCAGUGAUCUCAUGUGGCCAUUUAACCUCUCUGGGUUUCUGAUUCAUCAACAUGCAAAACCCACGUCACAGAUUUUCUGUGACGAUUGAAGAAAAGCAUGCACUCAGCCUCAGCUCCUCCCGUGUUCCCUCUCCUGUGCCCACCAGGGAAGCCGUGGGGGACGUCUGACCCAUCGGCGAUGGCCAGCAAGCGGGCGGAGCCGGUCACCAUCCUCAGCCUCCGGAGGCUGAGCCUGGGAACCCCGGAGCCACAGCCGAAGAAAGAGCCCAAGACCUUCACCGUGGAGGAGGCGGUGGAGACCAUCGGCUUCGGGCGCUUCCACAUCGCCCUGUUCCUCAUCAUGGGCAGCACGGGGAUUGCCGAGGCCAUGGAGAUCAUGCUAAUCGCAGUCGUGUCUCCCGUCAUCCGCUGUGAGUGGCAGCUGGAGAACUGGCAGGUGGCGCUGGUGACCACGAUGGUGUUUUUUGGCUACAUGGUCUUCAGCAUCAUCUUUGGCCUCCUGGCUGACAGAUAUGGCCGCUGGAAGAUUUUGCUCCUCUCAUUCGUGUGGGGAGCCUACUUCUCCUUGCUGACCUCGUUCUCUCCCUCGUACGUUUGGUUUGUCUUCCUGCGGAUGAUGGUGGGCUGCGGCGUGUCUGGCCAUUCACAAGGGCUGAUCAUCAAGACUGAAUUUUUGCCCACCAAAUACCGAGGCUACAUGCUUCCCUUGUCCCAGGUGUUCUGGCUUGCGGGCUCCCUGCUCAUCAUCGGCCUGGCCUCUGUGGUCAUCCCCACCAUCGGGUGGCGCUGGCUCAUCCGCAUCGCCUCCAUUCCCGGCAUCAUCCUCAUCUUGGCCUUCAAGUUUAUCCCGGAAUCUGCCCGGUUCAACGUCUCCACCGGGAACACGCAGGCCGCCCUGGCUACGCUGCAGCACAUCGCCAGGGUGAACCGCUCGGCCAUGCCCGAGGGGCAGCUGGUGGAGCCCGUCCUGGAUAGAAGAGGAAGGUUUGCAGACCUGCUGGAUGCAAAAUAUCUGCGGACCACGUUACAGAUCUGGGUCAUCUGGCUGGGCAUCUCUUUCGCCUACUACGGGGUCAUCCUGGCCAGCACCGAGCUGCUGGAGCGGGACCUGGUCUGUGGUUCGAGGUCUGAGUCCGAGGUGGUGGUGAGCGUGGGGGUCUCAGAGGAGAGCCGGAGCCCCUGUUACUGCCACAUGUUUGCCCCCUCUGACUACCGGACCAUGAUCAUCAGCACCGUCGGUGAAAUUGCCUUGAACCCUCUGAACAUCCUGGGCAUUAACUUCCUGGGCAGACGGCGGAGCCUGUCCAUCACCAUGGGCUGCACAGCCUUGUUCUUCCUCCUCCUGAAUAUUUGCACGUCAAGCGCCGGCCUCAUCGGCUUCCUCUUCAUGCUGAGGGCGCUGGUGGCUGCCAACUUCAACACCAUCUACAUCUACACUGCUGAGGUCUACCCCACCACCAUGCGCGCCUUGGGGAUGGGCACCAGCGGCUCGCUGUGUCGCAUCGGAGCGAUGGUGGCACCGUUUAUAUCCCAGGUUCUGAUGAGCGCAUCGUUGCUGGGGGCCCUGUGUCUUUUCUCAUCCGUCUGCGUUGUGUGCGCCAUUUCAGCCUUUACCCUGCCCAUUGAGACCAAAGGUCGGGCCCUACAGCAAAUUAAAUGAAGAUCCGAAAACCUCUGUCUGCCAAAGAAGAAAAAUGCAUUUUAUCUUCCAAAGAGUUGUGGUACAUUUUAAACAACCUGGUUUUAUUUCGGUACCUACUUGGUAAUUAAGAAACUGAUUCUAUUUUUU